AUGUCCGAUAAUGCCACUCCUUUGAAAUUUGCAAUGACUAUCCCCGAAGACAUCCUUGCUGCAGAUGCAGCAGGGAGAAUCCCCAGCGGGGUUUCACUCGAAUACUUAGCAGAGUCCCGCGAUAAGUCCGCCAUUGUGGGAAUCAUUUUCUUGAUCUGUUUUACGGGCCUUUUGAUGAUUGUACGUCUAUAUGCUCGGGCAUUUAUUGUGAAGAAGAUUGGUUUGGACGAUGCAUUGGCCGUCUUGACAAUGAUGCUGUACAUUGCCUUUGUCGUCCUCUCCAUCAUCCUGAUCAAAUUAGGAAGUGGCCGCCACAUGGAAUACAUUCAGUAUGUGCUAUCACUUCCCACAGUCCGCAUUACCGAAAUCCUCGACUUCGCUGCCCACGUUCUUUACACAACAACUCUAUUCCUAUGUCGGCUCUCCGGUCUAGCCUUCUACUAUCGGCUCUCGGCCCGCUCAACAAAACUCCACAUGAGCAUCAUCAUCGCCGCGCCGCUCCUUUUCGCCGCCUACCUACCCCAGAUCUUUCUUUUAAUCUUCCACUGCAAACCGGUCACAGGGCUGUGGCCCUACGAGUGGCAACCGGAGCCAAAGACCUACACAUGUCUCUCAUGGGGACUCGUGUACUCGGUGAACUCGGGUCUAUCUCUCGCCUGUGACCUGAUGAUGUUCGUGAUCCCCGCAGCACUCAUCAGAGGACUGCACGUCUCCCGAGAAAAAAAAAUCAAGCUAUCAAUCGUGAUGUUCCCCGGUGUCCUCGUCAUCAUGAUCUCCGCCGUCCGCAUCUGGCUCGUAGCAGAGGGCCAAUGGGACCCUGACGGCAGCUGGGCCUAUAACCCAAUGAUGUGCGUUGAGAACGCCGAGAUCGCCGGGACUCUAAUCGCUCUCUCGGUGCCAGCGCUGAAACCAGUCUUCGGGGGCCUGUUCACACGCAUAAAUGAGUACACGUCCAGUCGCACCCGCUCGCACUCGACCAAAAUAACCAGUCUCAGCCAUUCUAAGACUACUGGCACUGGUGCGAGCUCCAGCAAGCGGGAUAGCAAGCGUCUCAUUAGUUGGUCAAAGAUUGGGAAGGACGACUAUGAGAUGAUGCCUUCUGAUGCCUCUCUUUCGAGGGAUGUUACAAGCGGGUCCAGGAGGAGUAAUCGCAAUGAGGAGGAGAGGAAUGGUACUAGUAGUCCAGGGAUCCGGGUUACGAAUGAGGUUAUCAUUCAAGAUGAUGGGAGUGAUGUGAGGAUUGUAGUGCCCGGGUCUAGGGACAGCUAG